UCAGAAGUCUAAGCAACUUUGAUAUCAGGAGUCUAGAAGAAAGGACAAAAGGGAUUCUGGCUGUGAUGGGGCUCUUACUGGGCCUCCUGUUCCUGGGCCACCUAACAGUGGUUACCUAUGGCCAUCCCAUCCUGGAAGCACCUGAAAGUGUGACAGGGCCUUGGAAGGGGGAUGUGAAUAUUCCCUGCACCUAUGGUCCUCUGCAAGGCUACACUCAAGUCAUGGUAAAGUGGCUAGUACAACGUGGCUGGGACCCAGUCACCAUCUUCCUACGUGAUUCCUCUGGAGACCAUAUCCAGCUAGCAAAGUACCGAGGCCGCCUGCAAGUGAAUCACGAGGUUCCAGGAGAUGUGUCCCUCCAACUGAAUACCCUGGAAAUGGAUGACCGGAGCCACUACACGUGUGAAGUCACUUGGCAGACCCCUAGUGGCAACCAAGUGGUGAGAGAUAAGAUCAUCGAUCUACGCAUCCAGAAAGUCUCUGUUUCCAAACCCACAGUGACGACUGGCAGUGGCUAUGGCUUCACAGUGCCCCGGGGAAUGAGGAUUAGCCUUCAAUGCCAGGCUUGGGGUUCUCCUCCCAUCAGUUAUGUUUGGUACAAGGAACAGACCAACAAUCAAGAACCUAUCAAAGUAGCAGUGUUGAGUACUCUACUCUUCAAGCAUGCUAUGGUGGCUGACUCUGGCUCCUAUUUCUGUGCUGCCAAAGGCCGGGUAGGCUCUGAGCAGCGCAGCAACAUUGUGAAGUUUGUGGUCAAAGACUCCUCAAAGCCACUCAAGACUAAGACUGAAGCACCAACAACCAUGCAAUCUCCUUUGGAAGAAACAUCUACAGUGAAAUUGAUUUGGAAGUGGACCACUGAAGUGGAUGUCUACCUUGGGGAGGCCAGUGCAGAGCCAGGAAAGGGCCUGCCUGUGUUUUCUAUUGUUCUCAUCAUUUCCCUAUGCUGUAUUGUGGUCUUCAUCAUGGCUUAUGUCAUGGUCUGCCGGAAGACAUCUCAACAAGAGCAUGUCUAUGAAGUGGCCAGGAUACAUACCAGGCAGGCCAGAAAUUCUGGUGAAAACUGGAGAGUGGCCAUUUUCACAAGUGGCUACUCCAGCGAAGAGCCAUCUUCUCAAACUCCAGGGAAUGACUACUCUGAUGAUCCCUGCCUGGGCCAAGAGUACCAGAUCAUCACCCAGAUCAACAGUGACUACACUCAUCUGCUGCACACAGUUUCUCCAGAUUAUGAGCUUUUGGCAACCAAGGAUAAGAGUGUCUGCUAAAAAUGCCCUGCUAAGCCAGGGUCUGCUGCCAUAAUUGCCUAUUCAGUCCCUGUCUUCUGCAUAGCUGCCUUCCCUGCUACGUCUCUCCCUGGAUAACCUAUCAUGUCUUCCCUGCCAACACUGAGGUUUCUAAGAGUGACUGGCUUUGCUUAAAAAGUUACCAUAUGCACUUUUAGACAAGCCUUCUGGGUCAGGCCUUAGGCCCUUCUGCUAUCUCUUCUUCUGCUGCUUCUCUUUAAACACCAGCAGGAAGUUCCCAUAGCACUAAGACAUAGUCACCAUGCCUCCAGAUGUCACUCAACUUUGGCCUCUUGCCACCAGAAGACCAUAAGGAAACAACUUUGCCAGCUCAAGGGACUAGUUGUGUCCAACAUCACUUCCUUUUUUUCAGGGCCAUAUAGCUUUUAAGAUUUUUAUGUAACAGGCCAGGGUUCAGUUUUGCUCCUGAACUGUUAGUCUAGUACUCUGAUAUUCUUUUAGUGCUCAAUAAAUA